AUAAAAUCUUUUAUUUAUAAACAUUAUAGAUAGACAUGCUUACGCAUUGGUCACAGUCUAGUACUGCUCGCAAUUGUUAUAUUGACUUAAUAUUUGCUAAUAGAUUUCACAUAAAUCACAUUCUUCUGGCAUGAUUUAUGCAUGAACUGCUAGCACAGGUGUCUAUCUGUCUCAUGGUGUUGCCCAGGCCUCUCUCGAGAGGAGGCUUCAGCUUCAGCUCGAGUGCAGCAGCCAAAUAACUGCUGCGUCACCAUCGCAGCUCGACCUAACACAUGUGCGCCACAGUGGGUCGAUUUAACCAGUCGAACAAAUCCAUAAUUGUUUGACUUUAGCUAAUAAAUUAAUACGUAUUUGAAUUUGAAUAGAAAAGUAAUGAAAAACUAAGCGCGAAAAUUACUGUAAAAUUUCAAAUUAGUGUAACCAAAUUUAUUGAAGACAAAAAACUUAAAAAACUGUGAUGCCAGAUCGAUUUGCAGAAAAAGAGGAAGAAAAAUAAAAGCUCGGUUCAAACACAUUUGGGGCGCCUGGCGGGGCACAGCUGAGAACAAUUAGACGACAUUCUCGCCUGGAUUCCACACACACAUACUAUGUACAUAAAUAUGUAUGUAUGGCAAUCGUAGGCUAAUUAAGUGGUUAGCCACAAGGUUAGCUUUAACAAGAGGCAACCGAUUUGGUAAGUAGCAAACAAUUAGAAUUCUCAAUGAAUGCGGCUUUCUAAAUAGAAAUCCCGAGCGACUGCCAAACUCUCAACCAGGCAGCCCCCCCCCCCCCCCUCACACCUUACCCGCCGCCCACCACCUGCCGUCUGCCGCCUUUGACGACAAGUGGUCUGCCUUGCCAGCCAAUCGAAGCGGACCAGAGCCGUUGCGUCAUCAUCAUCACCAGCAGCAGCAGCAGCAACAACAAGAAUCCCAGUCGCAUUCAGACGUCGUCGUCGUUGUCGCUGUCGUUGUCUACUUCAAAGAUACUUCACAAAUUGGUGCUGUUUGGCCCGCUUUGUUGACGCUGAACGACGAGAUCGAAAUCGAAAUCGCUGGCCUGGCCUGGCCUGGCUAUCUAGCUAGUCAUCUGUCCGCUGUCCGCUGUCCGACAGACAUCGACUGCGUGCCUUGUUGCAGUAUAAAAGUAACUGGGUGCACGCAAUGAAUUUACAGUUGCAGUUCUCAGUUAAAAGCUUAAACAUGAAACUUCUGAUUCUAACCACUUUGUUGGCCGCUGCAAGCGCUGCACCCGGCUUGCUGGACUACGGUUUGGGACAUACGGCCCCAGCCAUUAGCUACGGACACGCGGAGCCCGCCAUCACUUAUGCACAUGCUGCGCCCGCCAUCAGCUACGCACAUGCAGCGCCAGCUGUGACCUAUGCCGCCGCUGCUCCAGUCAUUAAGUCUUAUGCGCCGGCCAUCAGCUAUGCGGCUCCGACUGUGGUCAAGUCCUAUGCACCCGCCAUCAGCUAUGCUGCGCCUGCUCCGGUGAUCAAGUCAUAUGCGCCAGCCAUCAGUUAUUCGGCUCCGACGGUGCUCAAGUCGUAUGCAGCACCAUCAUAUGCCGUCGCAGCUCCAGUAGUCAAAGCCGUCGCCGCUCCGGCCACCAGUUACUCGCACUUCAGUUCGGUUGUUUCCCACGCCACGCCCAUCAUCAAGUCAUACGCAGCUGCGCCCAUAGUUAAGUCCUAUGCCGCACCAGCUAUCAGUUACGCCGCGCCAACUGUUGUUAAGUCCUAUGCCGCCCCAGCGAUCAGCUAUCAGCCAACUCUUCUGAAAUCCUAUGCUGCUGCGCCAGCUCUGUCAUACGGCGGAUACGAUGAUCAUGGCUAUGGCUAUCACUAAGAGGCACUGCAUCCGGCACGAGACAUGAGCUGGGAUGGCCGGAGUGAGGCAUAGGAGUAAGCGGAAUAGAUUCAAUGAGAUAGAGAUAGAAGAAGAGAGACAGAGAGAGAGAGAAAGAGAGAGAAAGGGAGGAGUUGACAGACGCACGUUUUCCAAAACUUUUUACUUUUUAACACAUUCCCAUAUUUCGUAUAUUCUGUAUUUAUUUAAGGCUCAAUCACUGCAAAUAAAGAAAAAUUACAUUUUUCAAA